GCAACAGAUUGAUUGGUCGCCGAGGUGUUUGUGGAUAAUCUUUUUACAAGUUGUAGCAAUGGUCACAAUCGCUCCACAAGUUAACGUCUCGUGUUCCAUCUCGUCUCUAGUUCAGCUCACCUGUCUCCAAAACGCUCUAGUCUGCGUCAGCGGAUAAAGACUCGGCUGGAGAUAAUCGCGCCAAGGAUUGGAUAGCCGGGCUGGUGACCGGCGAGCAUGACCUUCACGCGCCUACAGGUGACGAGACUUCGUUUAUCUGCCUUGGACACCUGCGAUAACGCUCGUUUAUAUAAGAGAUGGGGGCGUUGGAGUGCAUCUGCAGGUGAAUUCCUCUCCCUCCGUCGGGCUUUGGCUCGCCGACUCAUCAAUCUCAACGCUCGGCUCUCUUCCGUCGGCCGGACUAUCAAUCUCAUCUCCACACAUUUUUCUUGUACGAUUCGGACGCGGGUCGACAUCGUUCAUGCGCCGGAAGCACAAUACGCCAGCCUCAUCAUCUUGUCGACCUCCCGUUUUCCUCUUGCUCGUGGGGCAAUCCGGAGACGGGUUGUCCUCAACGCUCGGCUGCUUAGCCAACCAUUUGAAGCGUCUUCCAGCCAACCACGAUGCGCGCGAAGCGGACACCGCUGAUGUCCGAUCUCCACCCCGGCUAAAGGGCAUGAUGCGGGGUAGGUGUCUGGGGUACUGCUGGUUCUCGCAAGCAGCCGAUCGGAAUACCGCCGGUGGACGGGGACGGGGGACAGUCCGUAGGAUGCGGACUGCGGGGGUGGGCCAGGCGAGGCGCUCAGCGGGAAUGGAGUAGAAGGCCAGGUGUGUGUCGAGACAUGCCGACUCCGUUCCUCUUCCACGGAUGUGCCCUCCGUUGGACGCGCAUUCCUUCCUUCUUUCCGUCUCCACAGUUACUGCUACAGAUUCCGCGCACAAUACUAUUUCCUGGCCGCCGCUAUUCAGUCGUUAUACGACAGGCUCGGCUGCAUUCCGUCCUUGCGACGCAUGGAUAUAGUCCGAGUGCCGGUUGCAGUGGAUUUCUGCAGCGGCCUGCAAGGGUGAUGAUUGAUAUUCAUACUCGCUGCAGUCUCUUUCGGGCCUGUUUUUCCCAGUGAGUGAUAGGAUGAGGCAGUACUCGUCCCACAAGGCUCAAAGCGGAGAUCGGCGGUAUCGAUUGCAGGGUGCACUACGAUCGGGACGUUUCGCCGCGGGCCACAUCCGAGUCUCUUCAAGCUGUGGACCGGCGUCGGCUAAAGUGCUCUUCGUCGCCCAGAGCAAGUGUGAGGUCUUGUGCCGACUUGUUUCAAGUUACUUCUUGACUUGAGCGAGCGUGUCGUCUCGCUAGCGGUAUCUCCUUAAGGCCGCACUUGAGCCAUCGCGCCGGUUCGACCACGAUACCCAUCUGUUCCCUCGCACAACGCGUGGGUGCCAACUCAACUCUCGGGGCCGGCGCAUGCUCCAUCUUUCUUUCUGGUGGCUCGGUCCGACAGUCCCAUUCCUGGGCUUGAUAUCCCCCGCAGCGUUCUUCCGCGACGGUUCUGGCUGACGUUGGAAGCACAGAUCGCUGUUUCCCCGCAUCCCCCCAUACUUCUGGCCAAGCUGAUCUCUGCUGCCUCCCUUCUACUUACUGUUUUCGGAAAGUUUGAAACAAAUCCUAUAUUGCCCUACUUUCCACCUGGUGCUUUGCUCUAGAUUCAAACAGCCACAGCGCGAGAAGAGACGUCUGCAGCUGUCGAUCAGAGCCCGCCCCUAUCCUCCCCUUACCCCGCGUUCUGCCCCACCGGCAACUCAGGUCCCGUGAUGCACGGCAAAGAUUGAUCUCCGCACACGAAUCGGCGUUUGUCCUGCUCUUUCCAAGUUUUUGGUCGGCCCCAUGAUCCCGAGAUGGAAAACACGGUGCUCCAGCAGAAGAGACUCGGAUUGGCAGCGUUCUAAUCUGGGCGGACUCUUUGCGGUGAACGCAACUUUGUUCCCCGGACUCCCCGCACGUGUUAAUAUCUCGGAAAUUGGGCCCGGUGUAAUCAGAUAAUAACCCGCAUUCUGACGGCGCUGUGCCGCGCCAUGAUAGUCCCGGGAGCCCCAACGACAUGACGUUCCUCGCUCUCCAAUUUUCUUUUUGAUUUGUUCCCGAUUAUCGAGGCACGGAGAUAAGCAGCAACGUAUGCGAAAUGUGGGGACUGUCGAACGGCAAGUCAGCACGCUUCUGAUCUUCGGCUGCCUGGAAGAAGAUAUGUUUCACCUGCGAUGUGCAGAUGGAUAACUCUGGCUUCCAUUGUAUUUCGCUGGGAUCAGGGACGGAUUGUCGAAUUUUGGAGUCCCAUUGACGCAUCCAUCCGGUAGCCGAGAAGUUGUCGUCGAGCUUCUCGGACGCGCUGGGUGCCAAGACCUUCGCUGCUGAUGUCUCGUCCGGAGUGCCAGAGUGGAACAUAUGUACAGACAGAUAGACGCCGACCUAGGGCUCACCGCCCCACUUAUCUCAGAUAAAUGGCGCAUCUCUUGCUCUUCUAGUGCCUCCUUGAGCGUUGAACAAUGCCACUGAGAACACGGAAUAAUAGUUGGCCAGAAGCGGGACAUUCUGACAAUGCAGCAUGGUAGGCCGCCGAAAACCUAACGCUCAUUGUCGGGUUGGAGAAGCUGGAUGUCAAAUCCAUGUGCGACACGGGUGAAGCCGAAAUCAGUGGGAUUGAUGGCAGGAAAAUCCUUUACCAUUGUGCUUUCUCCCCCCGCUGGAUCAGUCCGCGGAUUUCAUAUUCGUCGUUCCAUGCGAGCCUCCUGUUUUCCAUGAUGUUCGCGACCGACCGUGUUUAGGAGGUCGACAUUCGUAACCGUGUUUCUUCGCGACUGAGGGUCUCCGGUGUUCAAGUCAUCGGCGAAUCAGUGUCUAACUACGUGCCAUGCAGAAAGGUUCUUCGACAGACCAUCCGCAGAAAGGCGAGCAACCCGACGUUGAUAAUCUCAUCACUCUCGGCCAAGCUCCGGCCCCCGAACACUGCUCGCGUCAUCCCAAUGGGGUUGUUUCUUUGCGUCUGCUUGUUGGUUCGGCUACACCUCUUCGAAACUGCGACCCGUUUGGUAAGCGGAAAUGGAUUCUGCGUGCGGGGUUGGUGGUAUACAUAACUCGACUCGAUCGAGAAUGCCUACACGACUAAUCUUCUUCCGUCCCCCCCUCUUGGAACUCAUCCCUCUCCGCUGUCCCCUACGCAUCGCUCACCGCGUCCAGCACUCACUCCUCCCUACCAGACACGAUGGCGACAGCUUUCAUGUACAAGCCUCAGCACCCUCACAUCCCCGUCGUGCGACAGGAGGGAUUCCAUCUCCCGGGCGCUCACUCGAACCCCACGCCUCCACCUCACAACCACCACCACCAUUCCUCUGACUCUGCAGCCCACCAAUCUGGCGGCUUGGGUUUCGGGGGUGCGGCGUUCCAUGGCCUCGAGGAUGAACUUGCCAGUCUGAUGCACCCACGGCGGGCGGCGGGCGAUCGCAGCGCGCACAGUCCGGCAAACGGAGACGAUCGACCUCCCAGUGGAGUCGGGUACCGCCCGCCGCCUCACACGCACAACAUUUUCGACAUUAGCGCGCCGCCGAUGCAUCACCACUCCCACCACGCAGGUUCUGCAUCCAGCACCAGCUCGGCCUUUCCAUCCCACUUCUCUCGCGGCAGCCACUCUCCUCCCUCGACGUUCACCGAGGGCCCGAUCUCCCACCACUACAACUUCAACUCGACGCUGCCCGCGUUGAACAGCAGUAUGCGCUAUGAUCCACAUCCGCCGACGCCGACAAGCCACAACUUCGCGCCGAGUCCUUCUAGCUUCCGUUCUCCAAGCCCGAGAGACUCGCAUUCGCGCAGCCGGAGCCGGAGCCGUCCUUUGACGACAGGGUCGAGUGGGCCUGGUCCUACACGUAACUCUCGGUCUCGACGUACCGGAUCUUUCACGAGCGGAAGCCCUCCUCCGCACCACCGGCCUGUGCCGCAUGCCAUUGUCAUUCCUGGUGCUGCAACUCCUCGGCCAGCUUCCUCGUCGUCGUACUCAUGGUUCUCGGGCUCUGAUUAUCCGUCCCCGGCCGAUUCGGCAUCGCUGCCCUCGCUGACAUCGCUGCCCUCCCUUCCGUCGCUAGCGUCAUCACUACAAUCGCCGCACUCUCCGUAUCUGGCUGGUGCCCAGUUCAGCAGUCCCGUGGAGACCAAGUUUGGGAUGAACCUGCAUGGAAUCAACAACAUGAGCCUCGGGGUUGGGACCUCGGGCGGUCACCGAGAAGAACCGAAGGAAGAGUCGAUGGAAUCGAAAGCGGCCCAGAUUGCCAACGAAAAGCGUCGCCGACGCCGCGAAUCUCAUAAUGCCGUGGAACGCCGCCGACGCGACAAUAUCAAUGAGCGAAUCAGCGAGCUGGCGACUUUAAUUCCCGAAUGCAUGCUGGAAAUCAACACUAAAAAGCCAGGCGACGACGACUCGAAGGACGCGGAUGCCAGCACCAAGUCAGGAUCUGCAUCUCCCGGCGGAAACAACCACGGCACCACGACAGGCAAAGAUGGUGUUGUCAAAGCCAACAAGGGGAUGAUCCUGAGGAAGAGUGUCGACUACAUACGAUAUCUGCAACAACUUGUCACAGCUCAAGGUGCUCGGAACCGCGAACUGGAGGAACAGCUCAAAGGUUUCCGCGGCGUUCCGCCGCACGGUUCCGAUGGCAACAGCAGCGAGAUGGUUCUCGGCGACUUUGGCAGCUCCUUUGACGUGAACAUGAGCUGGCAAAACUCAUUGACCAGCAUGCCUGAAGGGGACGACGAGGAUGCGGACAGUGAUGGCCCAGACAUGCAGAUCGAUGAGGACCGGGGUCGGAAGUCGACGAGAACAAAUGGACGAAAGAAGAGUGGGGGUGCUCUGCCGGCCGACGACGACGACCUCAGCGGAGAAGUUUCGGAAACUGAAAUGUAAUGUCCUUUCCUCUUGCUGUGUAGCAAUACCCCAUUAGACAUUCAAAAGUAGCUACCCAUUUGUAUUGUUCGUCGUAUGCUAUGUGCUGUAUGUUAGGAAUACUUUAGGAUACCAGAUAUUAUCAUCCUUGCUUUAUCAAUGUUACUUGACGUUGCCUGCUAUUGCAUUAACCGGUGCAGAAUCAUUGUUUUUUCGAGUGCGGUUGUCGCACUUGGCAACGGCGGCGCUGGGUAAGGUUUGCUUCCGUAUAUCAAGUAAUGAAUAUUUGCUACUGUAAAAAUUGCCGGCUGACAACGGCAGAUUUCCUCUCCCAUCGUGCGAAAUACAUCGAGUGAAGUUUACAACAUCCGGAUUCGAAUUGUUACACAACAUAUCCAAGCCAACGAGAGACUUUUCGUCGUGCAAGGACGCUUCUGAGAACUUACAGAAUUCAAAGCCCAUUAGUGCCAAGA